UAAAGAAAGAUUUGAUUGGACUUAGUCAAGAAAUACAAUGGACGAUUCUUACCGGUGUUCUAAUUAUAAUAAUGAGAAAAUAAGUAUAAAGAUUUCAAAGGACGUAAAUAAUCAAAAUUGGCUAGUUAAUCGAAGCCAGACCAGUCGAUGCAAACAUAAUAAAAGAAAAGGUUUAAAGAAAGCGUCAAAAAAGGCGCCAAAGACGAGAGCAUCUUUAAAAGUUCGCCUGCCGAUUAGUGUUUGGGACGCCAUGCAAGAACAGAAUGCACAGUUUAGAAUGCCGACAACCAAAACGGCUGGACAUCGGUUCUGCCAAUCAUCAGUUCCCCCGGCGACUUUCUCCAUGCCUUCGAGUCCCACGAGCUUGAGAAUGAUGCGCCAUUCCAUCCCCACCAGCAAGGGCCGGACGUCGUUCGCUGAUAAAUUGGACCCGAUUGUUAAGGUCCCUAAACUAAUAUUACCACCAAAAAUACAAUUUCAAAGGACGACCAAUAUGCCACUCAUACCUGGAGAUAUACCUCCUACUAAAGCGCCCGCAAAUGAUCCGGAAAAAAAUAAAACUGAAGAAUCGAUAAUUGCAAACAGACCUAAAUCACCUGUGGAAACGUGCUUAUUAAAAAGUAAUAGUAUAGAAUCUCCAAUGCCCAUUAAGCACAAGUUACCGUUUCCAAUUCUCCCACACAAGGGCAGUUACAUUAAAAAACCAACAAAUCCAAAAAACAAAGAGAAUACUCGUACACAAGCAACUGCUGAACAAGAAACCCAAACUGAAAAAUGUUUGGUUGUAACUGAAGAAGAGAUUCACAUCCUAGAGAUAGUAAAGAACAGUGGCUUGUCGAGUGAUGAACUACAAAAUCAACUUGUCAAUUGCAAGAAGGAGAAAGAAAAGAAAAACGAUGAAAAGACUGUAAUAGAGUUAGAAGAUGAUUCUGAAGAUGAUGCAAAUGAUUUGUAUGCCAAAGUAAUGAAACACAGUACUAACAACAAGUUUGUGCUCAACAAAAUUGCUAAGAUAUUGCAAAAAAACAAUAGUUUAUCCAGUAUGCCAUCGACGACUCCUCACGAACCGCCAUCCAACCCCCCUUCUGCGUCUACAGCCCCCAUUACUGCAGUUGGUGCUCCAUCAGAGUGCUUCAAGCCGAGCCCCACCACUGCAGUUGGUGCUCCAUCAGAGUGCACUAUGCCGUGCCCCACCAUUGCAGUUGGUGCUCCGUCAGAGUGCUUCAAGCCAAGCCCCAACACUGCAGUUGGUGCUCCGUCAGAGUGCACUAUGCCGUGCUCCACCAUGGCAGUUGGUGCUCCGUCAGAGUGCUUCAAGCUGAGCCCCACCACUGCAGUUGGUGCUCCGUCAGAGUGCACUAUGCCGUGCUCCAACAUGGCAGUUGGUGCUCCGUCAGAGUGCUUCAAGCCGAGCUCCAGCACUGCAGUUGGUGCUCCGUCAGAGUGCACUAUGCCGUGCUCCACCAUGGCAGUUGGUGCUCCGUCAGAGUGCACUAUGCCGAGCCCCAUGACUGCAGUUGGUGCUCCAUCAGAGUGCACCAUGCCGAGCCCCAUCACUGCAGCUUGUGCAGAUACAUUAAAAUCCGCAUUUAAUCCGUUUAAUUUAGAGGCUGACGAUCUACAAAAAGGAAUUGCGGUUUCAGCUAUGUUACUACAGAUGGGUUUUCGCAUUGUUCGAAUAGAACCGCAGACCCAAGGAACUCAAACGGAAGGAAAUAGAGAAAACAAUAAAAAACGGAAACUCCAAUCUACGACCGAUGAGAGCCAAACUGUUAAUGAAUUGAGGGGUCAUUAUGAGCAGAACGUGCAACGCACGCCUGUGGUUCCCAUCCGACCGAGUCAGGAGUUGCCUGCGCUGGUGCCCCACAGGCAGGAAAAACCAGUAUUCCAGCCACACAAUCCGCCGCGCCAGCAGCAACCACAACAGCAACGUCAGCAACCUCAGCAGUAUGCCUCCGAGCAUAUCGAGCGGCCGGCGCAGUACUACCCGCAUAUGAGCGGUGUGAUGGCACACCAGCGUGCUCAGAAUGCUGCGACGAGGAACCCUCAUUUGAGUUCAAUAGCAGCACUUAACCCCUUUGAGCAGAAUCGAAAUAACAGUACAUCACAAACAUCAGUCCAAAUGCAGAGUCAAGCUCAGUUGUACCCCACUAACCAAAGAAGGCAGAGCGUACUCGGGCAGCCCCACCUCUCGCGAGUGAUGUCCACCCACGAGGCCAACAUGCAUGGUUCGCAGCAACCGUGCUGGGGCUACACUCAUUAUUACGAUACACAGGGCUACCCUCAGAGACACCAGUAGAUUCUUUCCUGAUCUUUUGUAACGGGUAUACGUACAGAUGUGUCCAU